AUGGCAGCUGGAGCAGCAGCAGCAGCAGCAGCAGCCGCAGCCGCAGCUGCGGAAGCAGCAGCAGUAGCCGCAGCAGGAGCACCAGCAGCAGCAGCUGGAGGUCGAGCAGCCGCAGCUGCCGCAGGAGCAGCAGCAGCCGCCACCUCCUCCUCCUGUCUCAGGCCUUCGGACCCUUAUCCUCUGGCCGUCGGGGGUGAGUCUGCCCUUGGCUGUGACGCCCUAGAGGACAAGCAGUUUGAGCUAGAGUUCCUGGCAGCCGCUUCCCCUCAUCUCUGUGCCAUGCUGCUCGCCCUUGAGGAAGACUUCGACGCCCUUGACAUACCGACUCCUUGCACUUACGCUAAGGCAGCGUCAGGGCCUUGGGCCCCUCAGUGGAGAGCUGCCAUUGACCCAGCAUUGGCCUCCUACAGAUCCAUAGGCACCUACGUUGACGAGGUUCUUCCCCCUAGGGCGAACGAAGUGGAUGGCAUGUGGAUCUUCAGGGUGAAGCGGCCACCGAAUUCUCCUCCGGUCUUCAAGGUGCGCUAUGUGGCUAGAGUCUACGGUCUCCGUCAGGCUCCUUGUGAGUGGCACGACACCCUUCGUUCUACCCUGUCUGACCUCGGUUUCCAGCCGUCUUCUGCUGACCCGUCGCUGUUCGUUCGUCGUGGCUCCACACCGUUCUUUGUGCUGGUCUACAUUGACGAGCUGGUUUUUGCCACUGCUGACAGGGUUGCUUUGGCAGACGUGAAGUCUGAACUGCAGAAGAGACACACGUGCACUGACCUUGGUGAGCUGCGCCACUACCUUGGCAUGAUGAUUACCAGGGACAGAGUUGCUCGCACCAUUACACUCUCACAGUCACACAUGGUGCAGCAGGUCCUUCAGCGGUUCGAGCUUCAGCACUCCACAGUAUAG